AUUAGUGCAAAACACAAAAGUCCUUUAAUUGUUUUACUAAAUGAGAAGCUUCGGUUUUCUAAUUCUAUUCCCCCAUUUUAUGUUGUGGGUUUUCACAUUUUUUUAUCUUCAUCACCCUUAAAUUUGUUGAUUACAAUUCAAAAUUUUGAUCAUAAAAUUUUCAAAAUGCAAAAUUUUUGUGAUCUUCAAGUAGAUGUCAAUGGCCAACACAUUUUUUGGACAAGCAAGGAACUUUUAACACAAUUUUCUAGUAAGUUGAGCAACUUAUUUGAAAAACGGUGCAAAAAUGGUGGGGGAGAAAUGAAAAUUAUAUACAAAGACUUUCCGGGUGGAGCAGCUGGAUUUGAGCUUAUUACAAGAUUUAUCUAUAACAAUGGUAUUAUCUCGUAUUGUGAUUUUGUACGGGAUACUGGGCUGAUGACAAAAAUCAAUGGUACUAUCGACAUAACUUAUUCUAAUGUUGUUCUUCUUAAUCAUAUUGCAAAUUACAUGGGAAUGAAUAAGAAUGUGUUUGGAAGGCCUAAUUUGAUUGAUCAAACCAAGAAGUUUCUAGAAGGAAUCCAAACAUGGUCUUGGUUUGAACUCUUAGAAGCAUUAAAACAUGCUCAAUGUUUGUCCAUCGAUAUUGAUAUGAAUACAAUUUCGUCGGUUCAAAGGUUGGUUUAUGAGGUUGUCGAGAGGCUUAUAUCACGAUGUGUAACAACUCCAUCAAUCUCUUCGGUUAACUCGAGUUUUCGGUCUUCAGUAGAUUUAAAGAUUACUCUAAAUACAACUAAGUCGAGCUGUCUUCGAAUAUUUUGGUGGUUUGAGGAUCUUUCGAGUCUAAAUAUAGAAGUAAUUGAUAUUUUUGUAAGGAAAAUGGUGUUAGAGAAAUUUGAUCAUACUAUAAUUAGUAAAUUUCUCUUUUACUAUCAAAGAGAAAGAGUUAUUGGUGCAUCAAAUAAAGUUCUAAAGGCGAAAAUUAUAGAGAAAAUAAUUGUUUUACUUUCUCUUAUUGAUAAGAGGAGUAUUUCAAUUAAAGGGUUGUUUGAGACCUUAAAAAUAAGUUCAAAUUUGGAGGUAAAAAAAGCUUAUAAAAGUGAAUUAGAGAUUUUAAUUGGUGCACAACUUGAUCAAGUUACGUUAGAUGAUAUAAUUCUUCCAUGUAUGCCAAGAACAAACAAGAAAUCUACUAUGUACGAUGUAAAUAUUGUAAUAAGAUUAUUGAAGAAUUUCCUUCUGGAAGGAAAUUACGGUCCUAAGCUUUACUCAUAUCGACUGAAAAGAGUUGCGAGGCUUGUAGAUUUAUAUGCUAAUGAAAUCGCACCCGAUUUUCGAUUGAAGUACUCUAAAUUUGUUGCACUUGGAAUGGCAAUCCCUGAUGCUGCUCGAGACUCUUGUGAUAAGAUAUAUGAAGCUAUCGAAAUUUUUCUUCAGGUUCAUCCAAAACUCACGGAAGAACAAAAGAUGAAAACAUGUGGAAUGUUAAACUACAAGAAGCUAUCAAUAAGAGUACUAAAUCGACUAUGUAGGAACACCAUUUUUCCAUUGUAUGCAAUUGUGGAAGCUUUAAUUCAUCAAAAUCCAACAUUAAAAAGCAGUAAUCAUAAAGUGUUGACAAGUUGUAAGGCCAGGCCGGAUGAAGUUGUUGUUAAGGAAUUUGCUAAAAAUGGAAAGUUUAGACUUCAUCUUCAAGAGAUGGGACGGGCAGAUUUAGACUUGCAACAUAUUUUUGGUAAGUUAGAAAAUGAUUAUGUCGCAAAUGUAAUUAUGACUCCUAAACCAUGUUGUAUAUAUAAUGUUAAACAUCUCCCUAAACUUUGUUCAUGA